CCUCAAAGAGUCGGACGCGAAUGCAAUUAUGGCGUCUCUAGCAUCCACCGCAUCGUCUAAGUUCUUCCCGUCUUGUUCGAUAAUUCCGGUCGAUACGCAUCGGUCUUUACUACCCAGAACUCUACAGCAACUCAGACACGUCUCUGGAAAAAGAGGAUCGUCGAAAUUGACAAUAAAAGCUGCGAGUCCAAGCGCUGCCACAGGUUCCCAAUCUCCUGGACUCUACUCGGCCCAGAAAUUCGAACUCACUGUUCAAAACGUGGACCUGGUUCUCGAGGAUGUUCGACCUUACUUGAUUGCUGAUGGUGGAAACGUCGACGUUGUGUCGGUGGAAGACGGCGUUAUCUCUCUGAAACUCCAAGGAGCAUGUGGUAGCUGCCCAAGCUCGACAACCACCAUGAAAAUGGGGAUUGAAAGAGUAUUGAAAGAAAAAUUUGGAGAUGCAGUUAAAGACAUCCGUCAAGUAUAUGAUGAAGUAAGAGAGACAACUGCUGAGGCAGUGAAUGGUCAUCUUGACAUACUGAGACCCGCAAUUAAAAACUUCGGCGGGAGUGUGGAAGUACUAUCUGUUGAGGGCGAUGAAUGUCGUGUAAAGUAUUCAGGACCUGAGUCUAUUGGCUCAGGAAUCAAAGCAGCAAUUAAGGAGAAGUUCCCAGACAUCAUGAAUGUUGUGUUCGUUGACUAGGUGAGGUUUCAUAUUUGAAUCUCAUAAAUACUGAAUAGAGAAAUGUACAGACUUGAGAGGCCACUUUUUGAUAUAUAUACUUAAAAGCUCAAAUGCUAGUGUGUCUGUGUUACCAUUUUUUAAUAAAAUGUACUACAUUUAUAGUUUAGCCGUAAA